CACCAGCCCCCGCGCCCGCCUGCCUGCCUGCCCAGCGGUCCGGUCCCGGCGCCCGCGCAGAACCAGCUGUCUGAGCUGCUAGGGCGGCGGGGGAACAGCGAGCGGGCUUCAGCAAGCUGGAGGAGGCACAGGUCUGUCCCGGGUCCCGGCAGGUCAGUGUGAAGGUCUGUGCGUCUGUUGUUCCCAGCGCUCUGCGAGGCCCGAAAAGGAGGAACAACCUGUCCAGAAUCCCUGCAGGACAGGAAAAGGAGAAAUCUUAACAUGGAAAAACUCUACAAUAAGAAUGAAGGAAACCUGGGAAACGAGGGAAAGCCAGAAGAUGAAGUAGAGCCUGAUGAUGAAGGAAAGUCAGACGAGGAAGAAAAGCCGGACGUGAAGGGGAAGACAGAAUGCGAGGGAAAGCGAGAGGAUGAGGGAGAGCCAGGUGAUGAGGGACAACUGGAUGAUGAGGGAAGCCAGGAAAAGCAGGGCAAGUCCGAAGGUGAGGGCAAGACACAAGGCGAGGGCAAGCCAGCCUCCCAGGCAAAGCCAGAGAGUCAGCCGCGGGCCGCCGAAAAGCGCCCGGCUGAAGAUUAUGUGCCCCGGAAAGCAAAAAGAAAAACGGACAGGGGGACGGACGAUUCCCCCAAGGACUCUCAGGAGGACUUACAGGGAAGGCAUCUGAGCAGUGAGGAGAUGAUGAGAGAAUGUGGAGAUGUAUCAAGGGCUCAGGAGGAGCUAAGGAAGAAACAGAAAAUGGGUGGUUUUCAUUGGAUGCAAAGAGAUGUACAGGAUCCGUUCGCCCCAAGGGGCCAACGAGGUGUCAGGGGAAUGAGGGGUGGAGGUAGGGGCCAGAGGGGCUUACAUGAUAUCCCAUACGUUUAAUGCCUUUGACCUUCCAUUCUGACUUCUCUGAUGAGAAUAUUGCCGUCCCUGCUUUCCCUGGUAGAUAUUUGCCAGGCCCUGUGCUUUAACCUUAAGCUGAUAUUUUGCUUUAGAUGUCAAUCUUGUUACCAGCAGCCUUUUGACCCAACUACAGCGCUCUAUAUUUUAGUAGAGGAUUUUCACCCAUGUGCAUGGAAAAGAUGUUAAAGGUACAUUGUAAAAAAAAAAUAAAAAAAAAAGUUUGCAGAACCGCA